CUCACUGAAAUGCAGGCUGAAAGUAGUUAUUACAGCCCUCAGAAAGUAAAAUCUAAAGAAGUUUUAUGCUGGGAACAAGAAGGAACCACAGUUGAGGUCCUUAUGAAAGGUGAACUGUUCUUUGAUUGCCAAAUAGGUUUUGUUGGUUGCCAAGCUAUGUGCCUUAAAGGAAUUAUGGGAAUGAAAGACUUUGAAGAGAACAUGAAUAGGAGUGAUGAAGAGGCCUACUUCUUCAGUUGUGGAGAAAAUUUAAGUGCAAAAGGCAUGACAUACCUCACCAAUUCACUAUUUGAUUACAGAAGUCCAGAAAAUAAUGGUAUUCGUGCAGAAUUCAUAUUGGAUGCCGCUCAUCAUAAGGAGACAUACACAGAGAUAGCUGGAAUGCAGAGGUUUGGGGCUUUCUACGUGGAUUACUUGUACACAAUGGAAAGCACCAGUGGCAAAGCUCCUGGGAAUCAGCAAGACCUUUCUUCAGUAAAGAGUGAAGAUUUCGGAAAUGUUCAAGAGAUGUCUACAAAAAGCCUAAUUGUCGGCCCACUCAAUCUUCGGUUGGAUAGCAGUGCGGUGCACCGGAUAAUGAAAAUGAUAGUUUGUGCUCUGGAACAUGAAUAUGAACCAUACAGCAGAACUAAGCCAGAUAUUAUGGAUCCAAACAGAACUAUGCCAAGCUCAGAAGAAGUGGCAUCAUUGGAGGAAUACAUUCCCACUCGACUUACAGUGUUCACUGUUCUUAAGUGUACAAUUAUAAUCCCUGUGGCAGAAUUCAACCUACUAGACCACUUAAUGCCUGUAAUCAUGGGUGAGAAGAACUUAAGUGGACUGUUAAGUGCUGCAAGUUUCCAGCCCCUGCGACCUUUACCUUCCAUCCGCAUUUUGGUGGAUAAGGUUAACCUGGAGCACUCGGUGCCGAUGUAUGCUGAGCAACUGGUGUACACAGUCAGCAGCCUCGGCCAGCCAUCCGACAACCUGCUUCAUUACUGUUACUCACACUGCUAUCUGAAGAUAUUUGGUUUUCAAGCAGCACUGACUUCUCUGGACAGUAAAGGAUUGUACUGCUUCCCCGUUCCAGUUAUCCCCUCACUCAGUACGGCUCUUUAUGGCAAGAUGAUCAAGUUUCCCAAAUACUGGACCAAGCGAACUCAUGUCCCACUAACAGAAUGCAUAUUUGAGCUUCCUAAUUUGACACUUCAAGCAACUAGAGCUCAAACCCUUCUGCUUCAGACUAUUUAUCAGAGCUGGUGUCAUCCUGCUGGAAAUGUCAGUUCGGUGGUGGUAAAUGAAGCUUUACUGAAUGAGGUUUUCCAAACUUCAG